AGGGGGGCUAUUUCCGAUGAAAUGAUAAAAAUUUGGUGGUUUGGUUUUCGUGUGAGUUAGUAUCCUUUCAAGCCAAGCGAAGCUGUCACUAACCUGAAGAAAGUGUUCUCCCUUCCUGAUCGAGUGAAUGUGAAGGAGCUAAGCUAAGGCGCUGUCAAGCUGUAAGAGGUCACCGCAAACUCUCGUCAUAUUUUAGGGUGUUUGCACAAAAGGCAAAGCGGAGAUGGUUCACAAGAUUUUCAUUAUCCUGGCAGCAGUGCAGUGUCUACACAAACUGGAGUUCACUCUUGCAGGAAACAUGAAACUUGGUGAACUUCAACACCCUUGUGCAAAGGUGGCCCGUUCGGGCGGUGUGUUUGGUUGGCGAGGCAAUAGGGUUCGAUGUAUUUUCCCCGCGAAAGAGGAGCUACGGAAACAGCUGAUUGAGCUCGGAGGCUAUAAUAAACACUACAUGGCGGUGACUUUGAAAGAAGCGGAGGAAAACUUUGUCAACCUGAUGGACGAAAACAAGAGGCCCUGGUUGUACAAUGAUGACGUUGGUUCAGAUGCAACGCGUAGCAAGCGAUCGACAACUAUACAGUGCUCGGAGGCGGGGAGCGCUAAGUCUUCUGGGUACCUUCGGGCCUGUCGUGUCUGCCAGAAAUUGACCGAAUAUGGUAGGAUACCUUAUAUGGUAAUGAUGUCAAACCCAGUUGACACGAUAUUAUUUAAACAUUAUAUCUAAACAUUUUUUAAACCUGCGUUGUAUGUAUGUAUCUGUAUGGUGAUCUGAUAAUCUGUAACGAAAAGAUAAAGGAGUGAAUAAAGCGUCAAGUCAUAAGGA